CCUGAGGCUCCAGCUCCUUUUCCAACUGCCAACCAAACAGGCAGGUUUGCUGACAAACAUCCUGUUCCAGUUCCAAGGGGUGUGAACCAAGGCGGGCACUUGGCAUCCCCCAGCACUAGCUCCAAGGGGUGUGAACCAAGGCGGGCACUUGGCAUCCCCCAGCACUAGCUCCAAGGGGUGUGAACCAAGGCGGGCACUUGGCAUCCCCCAGCACUAGCUCCAGCUCUGCCAGGAAACAGGAGGCUUCACUGUAGCUCCUGGAAUCGUAUUCUACACUUUCGGAUCAAGCAGUGAAGGACCUGGAAUAGGAUACUCCUUGGACCCCAAAAGGCUCCAAGCAGCUCUGCUUGUCCUUCUCUCUGUCCCCGGCUCCUCCCCUCACUCCCUGCCCAUCAAUUUCUCACUUUCACUCCCUCCCUGCCCCCUCCCUCCUCCUGCUGCCCCCCACCCCGUGCUCACUCUUCUCUCCCCCCAUUCAUCCCCCGCAGCUAUCACCUCCUUCCUCCAUUCUUAAUCCCCUCUUUGCACCCCUUCCUUCCCUCCUCCCCCUCCAACUUUUCCUUCUCCUUCCCGCCCACUCCCACCCUUCUCCUUCCCCCAAUUUCUGGCUCUCCCUCCCUUGCUCUUCUCCAGAUCUUUCCACCUUUCUCCUCACUUCCCUCUCCCCCCUCCUCUCCCUGAGCCCUACCACCUCCCCCACCAGCCCUGCCCAUCAGUGUUUGCUUUGCUCCCGGAACCGGAUGAAGGGGUUGCCCUGCCCAUGCCCUACCCUGCCCCACUUCUGGCAGCUGGGGUCUCCCUUCAUGGCCGACGGCUCUGGGACUCAGGCCCCAGGGAAAGGGCCCCUGCUCAGCAUGCAGCUCCUGCGAGCGCAGUAUGCAGGCCUGAGACGGCAACAUAAGGCCCAGGCCCACGUGGUGGUGCUCCCGAAAGGAGGGAACAUGCCUGCUCCUGCUGAGGCCAUGGUCAGUGCUGUUUGGAUUAACAAGGAGAGAAGGCAUUCACUGUCCCUAGAAGAGGCGGAUCCUGAGGCAGAGGAGGAGGCUGACAGCGGCUGUUUCCAGGCCCCCGAGUCCCCAUGGCACACGCACCUAGAGAUGCACCGCUCAGUCCAAACCUUCCACCAGGAAACCAGUCAUCAAGUAAAGCACAAGGACAAGUUCAUGGGGGCUGAGCAAAGGCUCCCAGGCUUGUUUGAAGACACUCAGAUGACUCAGCAAGGAAGCACGAUCCCAGAGGCAGCCCAGCAUGAGUGUCAGGUGGGCGAUACCCAAACAAAGGCAGUGGGAUCUGGCUUAAACAUUGGCGCUCAGGGCCCUCCUCCCAUAAAAAAGCCACACAGGUCUGGAAGACCAGCUCACUAUCCAUUUCCCCAGAGGAAAACUCCCAGGAUCUCCCAGGCGGCCCGGAACCUGGGCUUAUAUGGCCCAGCCUGAAGGUUUCCACCCAAAGGCCUCAACCUUGAGGCCACCUAUGGCCUCACCUAAGAACUUAGGAGGCAGAGGCACAGCUAGGACCUCUAGCUGGGAGCAGAACUGGACUACAUCCAUCGUCGGGAUGGUGGGACAUGAACUUUGCAGUGGGCACGUAGACUUGUCCUUCAAAAAAACAAAAAGAGAGGUUGCCCAGACCAGACUGCUCACAGCUCAGGAUGAAAGAGUGCUAUCUGAUCAGUGCAGCCCCAUUCUGCUUAUAUAAGAAGACAUUGCUAUGGACAUCGACUCAGUCCUUAGAACUAGAGAAUUUUGAAACGUAAGACAGAGACCCUAGCCAGGGGAUGCCUUUGCAGUGCCCUAGAGUCGACAGGCGUGGGCCAUCUUGUUUUCAGUAACUUCUGAGGAUUUCUCACAUGUUCUGGAGAAGAGAGGGGCUCUGAGAAUUUCCUUUUUCUGGUCGCUACGCCUGGAGACCAGCUCACAAGUCUCUACAUUCAUUGGUAGUGACCACACCACUUUACCUUGAGCCUCCCAAAGUAUGGUCACCCUGGGUAAAAAGGGGCAAAACAAGGACACCUACUGUUCUGUGUGUUUAAGUGUCUUUAGGAAGGGUUGGUCAUCUCUCCCCUCUCAUUGAGACUGCACAUUCCGGUCUCAUUAUAGAUUUAUUUCCUUUCAUCCUUCUCUCUCCGUCCUUUCCGUCCUUCCUUCCUUCCUCCCUCCCUCCCUCCCUUUUCUCCUAUUUGCUCUCUUCUUCCCUUCCUCAAUCUCUCUCUCUCUCUCUCUCUCCAAAUUAAACACUGCCCAUCAUUGAAGAUAUAUAGUAAUAGAAGCCUGAAAGAAGAAGAUAAAGAAAUGUUCCUGCUUGGAAAGUAUGUGUUCCUCAAAAGUUGCUCCCUUUUCAGCCAAAUUUGAAUCAUUCAGAUCCUUCCUGGUAUAUUUUAAACCAAAGACAAAGUGAAGCAGGUAUUACUUGGGUGGUGGGGAAGAAAUUAUCUUACCUGGUUAAUGUUUAACUUUAAUAAACACACCUAAAGUGA